AUGGAUGGCGAGGGCGGCAUCUUUGCAUUACUAAAAUGCAAACUGGACUACCCAUGCAAAAAAAAUUUCAACACAAACAAAAAGGAAAUCAAAAGAAAAGUCUAUUAUUUCUCCUGCAAUCUCGUGCCGUUCCUGGAGCUGCCCUUCCGGGUCCUCCACCCCGUCACGGAGCUCGAGGCGCUCCCAUCCCCGAGGCUCCUCUGCACGCACCUCCCGCACCAGCUGCUACCCUCAGGCGUGCCAGCUCUCGGCUGCCGGGUGGUGUACCUGUGCUGGGAGCCCAAGGACGUUCUCGUGUCCACGUGGCACUACAUGAACAAGGUGCACAAGGACUUCCACAUCGAGCUGGACAAGGCCUUGGACUUCUUCUGCCAAGGGGUCACUCUCUACGGGCCUUUCUGGGAUCAUUGCCUUGGGUAUUGGAAGCGGAGCGUGGAGGAGCCCGACAGGGUCCUCUUCUUCAGGUACGGCGAGAUGAUGGCUAACCCUACCAAGCAUGUGAGGAUGCUCGCCAACUUCCUCGGUGCUCCAUUCUCCAGCGAGGAGGAGAGCGCUGGGGUGGUGGAGGAGGUGGUGAGGCUCUGCAGCUUCGAGAGCCUCAAGAGUCUCCCGGUAAACUCCACGGGAGUGUCUGAUCGGAUUGGCGGGUUGCCGAUGGAGAACUCGUCCUACUUCAGGUCUGCCAAGGUCGGAGAUUGGCGGAACUACUUGACGGAAGAGAUGGCAAGGAAGCUGGACUGCAUCGUUGAGGAGAAACUGAAAGGAUCUGGACUGUCCUUUUCACACAUGGAGCUAGGCAGCUAG